AUGCCCCCUGGGGGAAGACCACCAAGGGGACGACCGGGGCGGAACAACGACAGAUUAUGGGAAUUACAACAACAACAACAACGCUCAUGGGAUUACGAUGCUCGUGUGGAGGAGCUGGACACUGAUGAUGAUUACUCGCCGCAAGGUGUCGAGCUGGACCAAAGUUAUGGUCAAGGGAGGUAUCGUUCAGACGAACUCCGUUUUACUGGUAUAGAUCUAGGUGGCGGAAUGGUCCGUCGAAGGCGUUCAGGUGACGUUUACCCUGACGACUUUACCCCUUCUGAUGACGAGGAGGAGUUCGACUACGAUUUGCAAUCAGGUCUCAUACGGCGACCGGAUAUACAAGUCGCUUUCAAGGAGAAGGAGGAAUUGCUUGUACAGCGAGCUGAGGAGAGAAUUGCGCGUGCCCGGGCUCUGGGUAAGCCCAACGUCAAGUUGAGUCGAGCUGAAAUUGAUGCUUUGGAACGAUCAGCGCGGCACCAAAAUCCUCCACAUCUCUCCGCGGCUCCAAAAGCAGUCCCCAAAAGCAAAAAGGAGGCGCCAGUGGUUAAACGCAAACCCGUCGAAGUCCGCAAGAACUCGAGCGGGGCCAACGCUAGAUCCGUCAAUGAUUCUCCUAACAAAGGAAAAUCGGGCGACGGCCGCAGCCGUGGAAAGAACACCGCUGGCAAUGACUCUGCACGGGCGAGUCGUGAGAACUCGGUCGCCGCACAAGCAUUACCACCAGCUGAUUCCGAAUACGAUCGACGACUCCCUUAUCCGCAAGGAAACAACGUGGUUGGAGCCCGUCAGAUUGACCCAUCCUGGCGCGGCCCUCGUACAAACUCCAACCAGUCUAUGCGGCAGUCACAAAUUAUGCCACCUCUGCAACAUCCUUAUUACACAAAUCGUUACUCUUCGAACCCGGAUGUGGUAUACAGCAACAGACCAGGCUCCAACUCGUCGCGAUCUUCCCGGCCUGACCCUUCCGAAGUGGACUGGGAGCCUCGCGCCCGCUCAACCUCCAGCCUUGUCAAUGUCCCUCUGGACCAAUUGCCGUACCAAACAAAUGUCGGAAGAGCGCCACGUUUUGACCCAUCGGACCCGCGAUUCGCUUCACCUCAAAGACGGGUUGUAUCUGGUCCGACGGCUGGGCAGAAUCAGGCUGCUCGUUAUCGUCGCCCACAGGACGAACUGUUCCUCCCUCCUGACGGGCAACCCGAGGUGUACACUUACCUAACACCCGGCACAGAGGAUGACAACGAUGACGAUGAUGACGAUAGCGACUACGAUGCGGGCGUGCAAGUCAACGUUACUGAGACACCAGGAGGUAGUUACGCAAUACAAACGAGGAGUGCGACUGCAGCUGCAUCGUCGUCGUCACAUAAGCAAAAGGGUAAUGGUAAAAGUACAGGUGGGAGAAACAAAAAGGGUAGAUAA